CAGAUAAGUAAAAAAUGUUGAGUGAAAAUAGAUUUUAACGGAAGUCCGGUUGAUAAAAUUUAUCGAGAAUCCUCGAGUUCUUGAGCUUCAGUACACUAGUAGCUAUUUUAAAUAUUAAAGCAAUAACUCUGUUGAUUUUUAUUCAAUGAAAAAUGAAUUUUAUUAAACAUUUUUUUAUUUUAAUAAUUAAUUUAAGCUUUGUUGUUUUGUGGAAAAUUGAAGACGAUAAAUUUAAAUGUCCAAAAGUUCGUGAAAUUAAAAAUUUUGAUAUUAAACAGUUUUUAGGAUCUUGGUACAUUGUCCAAUACUACGCAAGUUCUGAAGAAGCGUUAUCUUACAAGUGCAUGCGUGCUGAAUUUUCACUGUCAAAAGAAAAUGUCAACGAAGUAACAAUGAAUUUUACUUAUAAUUUCAUCGACGACCCGAUAAAUGAAAUGAUUGUCGGGAAUAUUACGUGGAAAAUACCACUGCAGCAUGAUUCGUUGGCUCACUGGGUCCACGCUGAGUUUCCUUAUGAAGAAGUUUACAACACUUAUAUCUUAGACUCGGACUACAAAUCAUGGGGAUUGUUGCUACACUGUGCUGAGAAAAAUAAAAGCCCGCGUUAUCUGUCCAGUUUUAUAAUGAGCCGUAAAAAAAAUAUCGGGAACAAUGUUAUUUCUUACUUGCGAGAUAAAUUGACUCGGUAUAAUAUUAAUUUAGAAUAUGUAUUUCCAAUGGAACAAAAAAAUUGUAAAUUGUACGACGGAGAUGCUCUCAAGAUAUCUCCGUACUUGGCUGCUAAAAAAGCUUACAACAAAAAGCAUCCUUUGUAAUUUUUAAUUAAUAAAUAUUAAAUAUUUUA